GGACCGUACACACUCAACAUGGCGAAAUGAGAGUUCCGGAAAUGGUCAUAAAUUUCAUCUCCUAAAGUAAUAGAUUCAUAACUAUAUGCUGAAAACAGUGUACGGUCGUUGUACCGUCGUUUUACCAUGGAAUAUAUCACUACGCCAAAGGUAGAACAAGUUAAAUUACUGGACAGAUACACACCCAAGAAGCCUGCGAUUGGCACUCUUUAUUUGACAACAACUCACCUGAUCUAUGUGGAAACAGCGUCAGAGACACGCAAGGAAACCUGGAUCCUGCACCAUCACAUAGCGACAGUUGAGAAGCUGGCUCUCACACCAGCAGGGUGCCCCCUUCUCAUCCACUGUAAAAACUUCCGUGUAGCUCACUUUGUUCUUCCUCGGGAGAGAGACUGUCAGGAUGUUUUCCAGUCCUUACUCAAACUGUCACAGCCAGCAAAAUAUGAAGAAUUAUAUGCUUUCCUGUACAACCCAAAACAAGAUGAAAAUGACAGAAGAAUUGGCUGGGGUGCGGUAAAUCUGAAGAUGGAGUUUGAGAGGAUGGGCUUGCCUAAUGAUUUGUGGGAAUUGACUGAUCUUAACAAGAACUAUGGAAUCUGCAGUACGUAUCCUGCUGAGCUGGCUGUCCCAAAAGCAGCAAGCAACCCCACGAUAGUGGGUAGCUCCAAAUUCAGGAGCAGGGGACGAUUUCCAGUCCUGUCUUACUUCCACAAGGAGAACAGUGCUGCUAUUUGCCGCUGCAGCCAGCCUCUGUCUGGGUUCAGUGCUCGCUGUGUGGAAGAUGAACAGAUGCUGCAGGCCAUUAGCAAGGCAAAUCCCAAGAGUUCCUACAUGUAUGUGGUGGAUACCCGACCCAAGUUGAAUGCUAUGGCCAAUAGAGCUGCUGGGAAAGGUUAUGAGAAUGAGGACCAUUACUCCAACAUCCGCUUUCAGUUUGUGGGUAUUGAGAAUAUCCACGUGAUGAGAAGCAGUCUACAGAAGCUUGUGGAAGUGUGUGCAGUGAAAUCACCCACGAUGAGUGACUACUUAACUGGGCUGGAGAAUUCUGGUUGGUUGCGUCAUAUUAAAGCAAUAAUGGAUGCUGGAAUAUUCUUAGUGAAGGCUGUGACAGAAGAAAACGCCAGUGUGCUGGUUCACUGCUCAGAUGGUUGGGAUCGUACGGCUCAGGUCUGCUCUCUGGCUGCUGUUCUCCUGGACCCCUAUUACAGAACAAUGAAGGGUUUGAUGGUUUUGAUAGAAAAAGAAUGGAUAUCCAUGGGACACAAAUUCACUCAAAGGUGUGGCCAUUUAGAGGGAGAACCUAAGGAAGUGUCACCUGUUUUCACUCAGUUUGUUGAAUGCCUCUGGCAUUUGAUGGAGCAGUACCCUUGUGCUUUUGAGUUUAAUGAGAGAUAUCUCACUGAAAUCCAUGACCAUGUGUAUGCCUGCCAGUUUGGUAACUUCAUUGGCAACUGUGAAAAGGAGAGAUUAGAAAUGAAGCUGCAGGAAAAAACUUAUAACAUUUGGCCAUUUCUGUUGGAGAAAAUACAGCAGUUUACAAAUCCACUAUAUAAAGGUCUCUUUUAUAUUGAUGUGCUGAAACCAAACACAUUACCAUUCAAUUUCAAGCUUUGGUGUGGUAUGUAUAAUCGGUUUGAUAAUGGCAUGCAUCCAAAGCAGUCAGUUUUGGAUUAUCUACUGACACUCACCAGACAAAAGAUAGAGGAUGAAGAGAAGGUUGAGAGUCUUCAAAAGAGGCUGGCAGCAGUCGACGGACUGCCAGAACGAGGUUGUUCAGACAAUGUGUCUGGUGGCCAAGCCUCCCCUGUGUCAGCUGCACCCCUUUCCUUUACUGGUAAUGAAGCCGUGGAUAUUUUCUCCCAUACCAAUGGCACUGAAGAGAACUCAAAAGCAAGUCUUGCCACUUAGAGCGAUCAGGAAGAAGAAUGCUGAUAUUCGACAAAUGAGUCACCAUGACAGUCGCAAAACCAAACUACAAUUUUCACAACGGUUAUGCUCAUAGGAUCAUUCAGGUCAUACAUUUCUGUCCUUUUUAGUGAAAAACUUGUUCUACAAGCACGGCAAGUAAUAACUGAUGGGCUAAGAACUUCAACAACAAAAUGGAGUGAAGGCAUUUCACAGAUGAGAUGGUGCUACAAAAGUUAAUCAAAAUGGUUAUUUCUUUGUAAAUUAAGGGGCUUAAGACAUACAAAGGAUUAUAUGUUAAGGGAAUUCAGUCAAGUAAGGGAUUAGAAUUCAACUGGAUUUAACAGAACUGGACUUAAAAAUCUAUACUUUUUUUUAUCAGGUUAUUCUCAAGUAAUAUUUCUCAAUAUGUCUUAUAAAUUCUGUCAAUAUUAACAUAUCUUCCAUCUUUACCCCAGCCUUUCUUAGAUUUUCUGUCAUAUGAUUUUAUAUUUUGCGAACAUUUUAGCUUAGGUUUAAUUUGAAUAAAAUUUCUUUUGAAUUCAAAUGUAUGCAUACAGGUGUUAAUACAUCAUUUCAUAGUUUCUUUAGUAAACAGGCUGAAUUAUGUAAAAUUGCAAUUUCCCCCAUGCUCAGUAUGUGAAAUAAGUGUGCAGUUUUUUUUUUAAACACCCAGAAUUGCAUCUUGGUGUCUUAAUUGUGGUUGCACAAUACAUGAAUAUUGUGUAUUUUGAGCACAGAUAAGGAAUACUGACAUCAGUUUUAUGCAAGUUUCAAUAUACUGUAUGUGUCAAGCAGUGGGAUGUUGCUAGUGUUUACCCCACUGUAUGUUCAGAAUACUUUGUACAUCUAUAUUACAACUUUUUCAGUCUAACAACGGUAAAAAAUAAUUUUAAAUUCCUGGUUAACAUGCGAAUGACACCGGAAAUGUAUGUUAUUCAAAUUUUGUGUAUAAGUGUUUCUCAAAUUAUGUGAGGCAUUUUGUUCUUUAUUUGCACAGUUAAAGUAGUACUUUUCAAGAUUGUACACCUGACUGAAUCUACACAUGAUCAAUGUCUAGUAUUAUCAGACACCUGGCCGUUUCAUUGUUUUUUUGUCAGUUUUCAGUUUCCAAUAUACCUGUUAAACGUUUGCGUUGCGUGAAUCAGUUCUUGAUUUUUGUUGUAAUAGUUUGUGAUGUUAUACGUACCGUUUGGCUAGAUAUUAACCUAGACUGUUUGGCUAGGGGAGCUUCAACCAUUAGUAUUGCUUAUUUGACCUAAACGCUGCCGAGAAUUCUGUGAUGCUGACAUUUGUGUUAUGAUGAAAAGUAUCGAAAUCCCAUUUUGAAUGUAAUGUAGAUACAAGCUGAAAUGUAGUGCCUUGUUGCAUAAAACUCAGCUGGUGUCAUCAUAUGCAUGGUAAUGUAAGAUACUAGACUGGCGUCAUUCACAGCACCUGUCUGAAGUUGAGCAGGAGAAAUACUGCUGCAGGUGUUUCUGCAGUAGUGAUUUGACAGUGUAGACACAAUUUCUUGCUCCAUUAUGCAGAGUAUUGUAUGCAUUGAAAUACAGAUGGUAUGUUUCUCAUAUUUACACUUUAAUGUAUUUAGCCAGUAUUUUUUUGAGGUAUCUUUCAGAUGAUACAAGCCAUGUUUAACAAAAGGUAUAACCCAAACACAUCACAAGCACGUUUAACUUCUCAAGAGUGAUAUGUUAAGAAAAUGAAAAUUGGCUUAAAAUGAACACGACCCUCUAAGGCAGGGGUGGCCAAUCUUAUCCGCAAAGGGCCGGUGUGUAUGCGGGUUUUCGCUGCAACUCCCUAAUUAGAUUACUAAUUAGAGGACUGAUUGGCUGAAGAGUCCUCACACCUGGGUUUGAACAGCUGACCUACAGGUUAUCCAAAAAACCCACAUACACACCGGCCCUUUGCGGAUAAGAUUGGUCACCCCUGCUCUAAGGAAACACUCCAGUCAUUCAUGUAAUUUUGUCUUCCACAGUGAAAAUUUGUGUUGUGGUAUGUUAAAAUACAACAGUAUUGUACAUAAUUUAGGAGCCUGAUAAAGUAACUGUCUACAUUCCAGUAACUUUAUGAGACAUUUGAUCUGCAUUUAACAGGAGUUUUUUUUUUUUAGGUUUUAAUCUUCCUUUAAUGAAAUAUGUAAUUUCAUUUUUUGUAUUAAACUGCUUUUGAAGUUAUUUUUUGUGUCACUAUAUUUUUGAUUUUUCAGUGACAUUUUUAAAAGCUGUUUACAGGUUAUACUGAAAUGGGGAAAUAACUCAAAUUAGGAAUACAGAAUUAUUUUAGAAUCUUCUUUUCCUUUAAAACAUUAUUCUGUACAGUUCUUUUACUUUUUUGUAUGUGUUGGUUGUUUUUGUAAGAAGCGCAUCUUUUGCAAAAAUAAAUGUUCUUGAUAUGAAGCA